AGUCGGUUGUGUAGCUGGUGUUGUUGCCUCCCACUUGAUCCGAAAACUGUGGCAUGAGUUUGACAGCUCCGCUAAGAGCUGGCCAGAUGAACUUCUAUGAUGAACCUUAUAAUCCUGUAUUAAAUCUUCACAUUCAACCGUCUGUAAAAGAUGAGAACCAGCGGAGCACGUGGCCAAUCAUCGACACGUCGAAUACAAGCACUCAAAUCGCACGAGCUCAUUUCGAAAAGCACCCACCAAACAAUCUCCGUAAAUCCAACUUCUUUCACUUUGUCAUUGCACUGUACGACCGUAACAGCCAGCCGAUUGAAGUCGAGCGGACUCAGUUUGCAGGAUUUGUUGAAAAAGAGAAAGAAGUUGACGGUCAGGAUACCAGAAAUGGGAUACACUAUCGUCUGUCUCUAAUGUUUCAGAAUGGAAUCCGCAGUGAGCAUGAUCUGUUUGUUCGGCUCAUCGAUAGUUCCACUAAACAGGCUAUCACAUACGAAGGACAAGAUAAAAAUCCGGAGAUGUGCCGAGUGCUUCUCACACACGAAGUCAUGUGCAGUCGGUGCUGCGAGAAAAAGAGUUGUGGAAAUCGAAACGAGACACCCAGCGAUCCAGUUAUUAUUGACAGAUUCUUCCUCAAAUUCUUCUUGAAAUGCAACCAAAACUGUUUGAAAAACGCCGGCAAUCCACGCGACAUGAGACGUUUCCAGGUUGUCUUGUGCUCAUCUGCUCGUAUCGACGGUCCUCUUUUGGCGGUCUCCGACAACAUGUUCGUCCACAACAACUCAAAACAUGGACGGAGAACUAAGCGCACCGAUGCUUCAGAUGAUUCCGAGUACUCUGAAUCUGCAGAGCUGCCAUCUUCAGUUCCAGUUAUCAAGGCACUUUUCCCAAGUGAGGGGUGGAUUCAAGGUGGUACUCAGGUGGUGCUCAUCGGGGAAAACUUUUUCGAAGGGCUUCAAGUUGCUUUUGGCACAGCAAGUCCGAACUGGGGAGAGUCAGUCCAACUUAUUUCGCCACAUGCGAUACGUGUGACCACCCCGCCAAAACACUCUGCCGGACCUGUGGACGUCACUCUGCAAUACAAAUCCAAGACUUAUAGUAGAGGAACCCCACUUCGCUUUUCUUAUAUCACUCUAGCCGAACCAGGCAUCGAGUACGGGUUCCAACGUCUACAGAAGCUUCUCCCAAAGUAUCCAGGUGACCCGGAGCGUCUUCCAAAGGAUCAAAUCCUCAAAAGAGCAGCCGAACUUGCCGAGGCGUUGUACAACAGAACAUCUACGGAAUCGCUGAGCUCCUAUUAUCACACUCAGUUUGACGCUACUUCUGACUAUGCUGCACGCACUCACACAUCUCCCAGAUCCACUCUUCCCUAUGGAGCUGGACCACCUGCACUUUCUUCUGCAGUCUACCAAACGUCCUAUCCGACAGUCAAUGCAACACCAGCUGCUAACUUUUUGAACACACAGACUGGUUUUGCCACAUUUGGUGCAGUGAAUCCAUUUGCUGCAACCCUCCAGUCGUCGUCCCGUCUGUCUUAAGUUCUAGAAAUGCUCCAACACUUUCCAACUUUCCACUCUUUCUCUUUUUCUUUAUCUUUCUUUCAUUUUUUUCCCUUAAUCCAAAAUAGUGGCGCCCGAACCUCUAGAACUCAUUUGUCUUGCGCGCUCGCUCCACCUCUUGUCAAUAAUUGUAUUGUGAUACUUUGAACAUUUUCUUGUCAGGAAACAGAGAACUCAUGCAAAUAAUUACUUUGAUCUUACAAGUUUUUUUCAUCCAGUUAAUCUUUAAUCCUAAAUCUCAACUCCAUACAACGAUCUCUUAGAAUUUUUAAGUUAAAUGUAUAAUAAUGUUCGAAUAUUUGUCGUCCCACAUAAGAUGUUCAUGACAACCUUCCAAAAGCAAUAUGAUUCAUGAACAGUAUUCAUCACCACACCCCUCUAAUAAUUUCACAACUCUAUUUCAUCUUAUCACCCCAUUUAUCAACCCCCAUCGCAACUUUGUGACAUGUUCAUUGUGUGCCGUGAAUAAGUGAAUAACUAAUAAAAUCAGACCAUUCAAAAU